GGGGGGAGGGUGCCUGGAGGCUGUGAUUUCUUCAAACUGGAUGCCUUCUUGGAAGUUUUGAAAUUUCAAAACCACAAAGCCACAAACAAACCCCUUUUUCAUUCUGGGCCUUAAGGAAGCGUUUCAAUUGGCCAACCGAAUAACCUAAUAAAUAAAGCGGACUUUCAUUUUUAUAGUUUUUUAAUUUUCUCGAAAUUCUUUUUGUUCUUUCUGAAGAAACAGUCUCCAAUUAGACGCGUCUGCCAGUCUAAGUUGCGUCAUUCAAUAUUUCAAUUUCUCGUACCUCUCAACAAAAACGCUGGCACUGUGAGAUUUGGGAUUUCUAGGGUUUCUUCCUUUCUCUCCGUCCGUUUAAAUUCUAUCUCUUCCGUCGAUUCUUUGAUCGGAGUGUGAGAGAGAAGGAGGACGUGAUCCUGCGAAAAUGGCGAACCAACAGUACGAGAAGAUGCAGCUCCGUCAGAAUUACCGUAAUCUCUGGCACACCGAUCUCAUGAGUACCAUCCAAGCCGAUCCUCCUUAUUGCUGCCUCGCAUUGUGGUGGUAAGUACAUUUAUUCGACUUUGGUAAUGGUGUUUGAUUUUGGAGAUGAAUUUAUAGAUCGAUGUGGUUGACUUGAAUUGACUGGGUUGGCAUUUCAGAAUUUCUGUUGUUUUGGGGUUUUGUUAUUUUAAUUCGAGUUAUGUAAGCUGAACUUUUGUUGGACAUUUGUUGUUAUUGUUGUCGAUUGAUAUGUUUUGUUCAAGGCUUUCUGUUUAAAUUUGACCUUGUUAUGUUCAAUAAAAGCAGGAUGUUUCCCUUAGGAUCUCAUUGACUUUGAAUUUGCUGUCCUAGCAAUUUUUACUUGUGAAAGAUGAGAUGUUUUCAAUCAACAUAAUUUACCUUAUAAUCAUUUUUGUAUUAUUUAAUGUAUUGAUGUAUAAGCUUGACUAUAUACUGGCUGUAUCGUGCCACUCUGUUGUUAGUCACUGUUUUGCAAAUAUUGAAAUUGCUAGUUCCAUUUAUUGAGUGACCCCCCAUUAUAUGCUUACUCGUCUUCUUUUUUGGGUGAAGAUAUAAUAACAGUAUAAUUUGAAAUAGCAAAAUGUGUGUUCUAGGGAUGAAGAAAUGCACGAGGUACUUUGUAUGUUUUGGCCAACAGUUGGUGCUGUAACUUGACUAUAUUAGCCGUUGAAGAAAGUUCUGAAGCAAACUUUUUUGUGCAGUUUGUUAUAUUUUUCUUGAAAAGCUUUAGGAAGGACAUGGUUAUAUUGAAGAUCAAUUACUUUGAGAAUUUUCCAUGCUAAUAUUGCGCUUAAGGUUAAGUGGGUACUAAUAAAUUAAAAUGUCCCUGGCAUGGAAUUUCAGUUUAGAGUAUAAUAAAACCACAGUUGAUUGCUGAAUAGUUGAUGAUUGGUCUGGAUCUGCCGUAAAGUUCUGUGCUGGGUUUGUUAUGAUUGCAAGAAGAGCAUCUUAUCAUUCUCCUUCUGCAUGUGUGUGUGUUACGGUAAAUCCUCUUUUGAUAUUAAGUUUUCCCCACAAUGUUUCCUGUAGACAGAGAAACAGGAUUUUGUUGUUCUCUAACAUAUUCCUUCAAUUUGCUGGGAGUUAAGAGUCAUAGUUUCACUCAUUAUGCCAUGUCUAUCAUUUUCCCUGAUUAAGAAGAUGAACCUCCUUCAAAACAUCAAAGACAUUGUCGUGGAAACUCCUUGAAAUAGGGGUAUUGUGGGGUCAGGUUAGUUUAGGAACUGGGAAACAUUCAGUUGGCAAGUACUUGUGAUAGUAAAAGAGUGGUACAUGUUGCGGUACUUAUGUCAACUCAGCGAAUAAGUGAUCAACAUGUCCACUAUUUUGUUAUCUCUGCAUGCAUGUCGUUUGGUAUUGGUAAUACUCAUCAGACGUUGGAAAUUUCUCAGUCUGUUUACAUAUUCUUGUUACUGUUCAAUACUUCCAUUAGUUAGUUUUCUACUCUUUCAAAUGUGAAUCUGAAAUAUCUUAUUGUUUAUGAAAUUUUCUGCAGUGGGCCAUGUGUGUCAUAUAUGCUUCGCAAAAGGGCCCUUUACAAUGACAUGUCAAGGUAUGUAUGCUGUGCAGGCUACAUGCCCUGUAGUGGACGCUGUGGAGAAAGCAAAUGCCCAGAAUUCUGCCUCGCUACAGAGGUAACCUCGUAACUAUGCUUUUGCAAGAACUUGAGUGCAGACACUUAUGAACUUUGAAAGGCAUAUGAGUCGGAAAAAUAUCAUAAAGCUGGAAUCUAAUAUCCCUUUGCUUGUGAGCUGUUUUGAUAAGCUAUUAAUCUCUAUCAUGUACUUGGUUAUUACUUCAAACCUUUAAUGUUGACCUGAAAAUUUUUAUGUUUUACUUUAGUUUCUUGUAUUGUUGAGAAGAGACUAUUUGAGUUAUUUAAGUAGCUUUGGAAUUCAGUUUCUUUUGGCUUCUUUUCAUUGAAAAAUCUUAUUACCUCGUAGUAUCUGUAACAAGCAAAUCAGGUUGCGUUCUAGAUUCCCUUGUUUACUGUCUUGUACUUAUAUUAUAAUGAGUUUGUUAAAUGUGUAAGAACCGGAAUGAGAUGAGUGCCAUCAUGUAGUUUCUUGGUCUUUGAAGUUCAUUAUGGACCUUUACAUUCUAUAUUGCCUUCCCUCACAAAAGAUUAUUUCAAAGCUGUGUUUGCCUUUUUGCUUUAAAUUUAAUUCUUUCUUUGUUUUGGCAUUUGGAUCUAAGUGACGAUUUAAAUUGUUAGGAGUUUGUAAUUUUGAAAUUCGUAACUGCAUGCUAUACAUUGGUUGAAAAUUAGAUGUAAAGAGAAAGAAACGCGAUGUUAGAUUGUAGGUCCUCAGAGACAAUGCUGCACCUUCCAGUCCUAUAUAGUGUUUCUUGAAAAAAUUAUUUUGAAGGGGCGUUUCUGCACGUGUUCAUAUGUCUCCUUAGUUUUAUUCCUUUUUCUGUUCUUGUAGUUUUUCUUGGAUGUUAAUUUCUUAUCAUGUAGUUAUGUUUGCAACUUAGUUGGACAUUUCAAUUACGCAUAAUUGAAGUUACAAGGAGUGUAUAUCCCCAUGGAUAUGCUGUGGUAAUGAAUAUGGUCGUUUAUAUUUAACUGUAGUGUAGGUUGAUUAAUCCUUGGACACAAUUUGACAUAUUUAAAUUCUUCUUAAAAGAGUUAAUUUCAAGCUAUCUCUGCAUAUGUUUAAUUGUGUCCUAGGUUCCUCCCCAGUAUGUUACGAUGCCAUCUGCCUCUCAAUUUGACCUUUUCAAUUAAAAAAUUUGCAUGCAAACUAAUGGCUUUUUUUGGUCCACUUUUGCAGGUUUUUCUGUGCUUUGGAAAUUCAGUUGCUUCUACCCGAUUUCUGUUGCAAGAUGAAUUCAACAUUCAAACUACACAAUGUGAUAACUGCAUCAUUGGUUUCAUGUUUUGCCUCUCACAAAUCGCUUGCAUAUUUUCCAUUGUUGCUAUGAUUGUUGGAAGUGAGGAACUCUCGGAAGCAUCCCAGAUAUUGUCCUGCUUGUCGGAUAUGGUCUAUUGCUCAGUCUGCGCCUGCAUGCAGACACAACACAAGAUUGAAAUGGACAAGCGAGAUGGAAAAUUUGGUCCACAAACUGUAAUGUCAGUUCCUCCCGCUCAGCAAAUGUCACGGCUUGAUCAGCCUUAUCCCCCAACUGCUGGUUAUCCUCCACCUGCUUAUGGGCAACCUGCUGGCUAUCCUCCACCUGCUUAUGGGCAACCUGGUGGGUAUCCUCCCGCUGGCUAUCCUCCUGCUGGGUAUCCUCCCGCUGGGUAUCCACCCACUGGCUACCCCAAGUAGUUUCUUCCAUUGAGAAUGUAUAUGGCUGUGGUCAUUUGAAUGUCUAAUCUGAUCCUGGAAACUUUGAUGGUAGAUUUUAAGUUGUGUCAUGUACCUAUGUCAAACAUCUGUUUUAAGCUUCAGGCGACAGAAAUUGUGUCAAUAUCGAGCACACUUGAUUGUUUAAGAUUUGUGGUGGGUGUAAAUCUCAUGCAUUUGCUGUUUAUGGUGGAAAAUUGUUUGUGAACUUGGUGGAUUCCAAACUUGUGGUUUUUCAGUCUUUCUUUCUUUUUGGCUUAUGUUGAUGAAACGAUCUUAUUGCACUUGGUUAGGCUUAAAUUCAACUUUCACUCUUCUGAUCUUAGCUCGCCGAUUCGUUUUCAUUCGGCUAUUCCGAUAGUAAGGUAUUACUCUCCAUUAUGUAGUUGUAAAUGUUAACAGGUAGCCGUAUCCUCCCUUGUGGCCUUGCUACCGCUGACGCUAGUCUAUCCAACUGGAUCAACUGUUCUCAAGAAUUAAAACUGCCAUACAUACUCUUUUUAACAAUUUUACCCCUUG